AUGCACCUCAAGGCUGCCGCGGGCAGCAGGCAGGAAGAGCUGGAGAACCAAACAGCCGAUUCGUGCAGGGAACCAACCAGGGCCGCACUGGUGUUGGACGGUGAUAGCUCUACAACAGAUACUUCUCAGUUAGGGAUUUCUGGAGACUACAUUAGUGGGGGCCAUUAUGUAAUACAGCCCCAUGAUGGGGACACAGAAGACAGUUUAAAUGACCCAGAUGACACAAAUGGAUCUAAAGAAAGUUUUAGAGAGCAAGAUAUUUAUCUCCCCAUCGCUAAUGUGGCAAGGAUAAUGAAAAUUGCUAUACGACAGACAGGAAAAAUCGCAAAAGACGCCAAGGAGUGUGUACAGGAAUGCGUAAGCGAAUUUAUUAGCUUUAUAACAUCUGAAGCGAGUGAGCGAUGCCACCAGGAGAAGCGAAAGACCAUCAAUGGAGAAGAUAUUCUAUUUGCAAUGUCGACACUAGGCUUUGAUAGUUAUGUAGAGCCAUUAAAGUUGUAUCUUCAGAAAUUCAGAGAGGCAAUGAAAGGGGAAAAAGGCAUUGGUGGUACAGUUACAACAGGAGAUGGUCUGGGCGAAGACCUUGCAGAAGAACCUUUCACUAGCCAAAUACCAGCAGGUUUAAUAACCACAGAUGGACAGCAACAGAAUGUUAUGGUUUAUACCACAUCAUAUCAGCAGAUAUCUGGUGUUCAGCAAAUCCAGUUCUCCUGAUUUUGAAGGAAAAAUCCCAAUGUGCAAACAUGAGUCAGGAAGAAAGCUAUAGCAAUUUGAGUACAAUGGAGUACAAUGGUGUGUGAGGUCGUCCAUUUCCCCCCCCCCCC